AUCAGUCGUUUCACAAGCUACAAAUUUAUGAUAAACAUUAUUAAAUUAAAUGAUUAAAAUUUCGUGUAUUUAAAUAAGCAACACCAUUAUAAUUUAAGAGAAACAUUAAAUUAAUUAACGAAAAGUAAAUAAUAUUGAAAAUGUUGAAAGAUUGUUAUGGAAUUAUACUAACAAUAAUUAAUUUCGUAAAUCAGUGUAUUAUUUUAAUAAUCACUAGCUAUGUUUUGUACCUUUCUGGCGCCGCUCUUACAACAGUGAAUGUUCAUGCAGGACUUUGUACAGUUGGAUAUGUUCUCUUGAUGUCUAAAGCUCUCUUGGUUUUAACUGAAGAGAACAUUUGGUCACGGCAAUUAUCACGACGUGCAACUCACCAUGUGCACUGGUAUCUACAGCUUCUUGGUCUUGCAUUUAGUAUUGCGGGAGUAGUAGUAAUGUUCAAGACCAAAGAGGCUCACUUCAAAUCUACUCAUGCAAUCUUAGGCAUCACUUCAAUUGCGAUAUUGUGUUUUCUCUCUUUAUCUGGAAUUACUGUCCUAUUCGCUGUAAAGCUAAGUACUCUAGUACGGCCUGUUAUCUUCAAAUCAGUUCACAGUUUCCUCGGAAUCGCUUGUUUCUUCUUGGGAAUGCUUGCUGAAUGUUAUGGAUAUAAUAAAAGGUGGAUGGUUAAUACUGUUGGACAAGGAAUUGCAAACGUGUGUAUUACGUGUACUGGAAUUGUCACUUUUAUCUGUAUAUUUAGACCUUUAAAAUCGUUUUAUCAUCAAGUGAAGUCAAUUCUGGAAUAAUUUUAAGUCUUAUCAUAACUAAGCAGUUUUUGUAGCUUAGGUAUUAAUAAUGUACUUUAAUGUUCUGAUGAGCUUUUAACAAUGCCAAAAUAUUGGACAUUAACUGGAGACAACGACAACCAGAGUAUUUAUUUAUGUAAAUGUAGUAAAGGAUAUUUGAAAAAAAGA